AGCCCUUGCACAAGUGGCUCCAAUUUUGACCUUUUGUUAUGUAAAUGUGGCCAGCCUGGGAAGGGCCCUGCCCAGGCCUCCUGCUACCACACCCGCAGGCCAAGAAUUGUGUAUUUGCCACAGCGCCUCCUGGCCUAGGUGGCCCCUGGGUGUCCUUAAUCUCCUGUAUGUGUUAGAGGGGCAGGUAUUGCACCCACCGAACUCCCUAGACCUGUUCCCUGGUCCUUACUCUUCCUGGCUGUCAGAUCCAGCUACCAGGCUCUGUGGCCACAGUCUCCUGCUGGGCUGCCCCUGGUGCCCCAGCCAGAGACCUCCAGGUGCUUCCUUUCAUCACCCUUCCCUCCCUUCUUUGCUGAUGGCUGUCUGGGUGACUGUGUUCGUCUUCUCUUCCCCAGGUGACCAGGCAUUGAUGCACCCCCAGGAAGGCCACGCUCUCAGGAGGCCCCCCCCCCGCUGGCUGCUGCUCACAUGGUGUCUGGGCCCUUGGCACUCCGGUGGUGCGCGUGGGCAGGGCGUGGGGACAUGGGGCCCGACAUGGAGCUGCCCAGCCACUCGAAGCAGCUCUUGCUGCAGCUGAACCAGCAGAGGACCAAGGGCUUCCUGUGUGACGUCAUCAUCAUGGUGGAGAACUCCAUCUUCCGGGCCCACAAGAACGUCCUGGCCGCCAGCAGCAUCUACUUCAAGUCCCUGGUCCUGCACGACAACCUCAUCAACCUGGACACAGACAUGGUCAGCUCCACGGUGUUCCAGCAGAUCUUGGACUUCAUCUACACAGGCAAGCUGCUGCCCAGCAACCAGCCAGCCGAGCCCAACUUCAGCACCCUCCUCACUGCCGCCAGCUACCUCCAGCUGCCCGAGUUGGCAGCCCUCUGCCGCCGCAAACUCAAGCGAGCCGGCAAGCCCUUUGGCUCUGCGCGGGCGGGGUCCGCUGGCAUGGGGCGGCCCCCCCGCAGCCAGCGGCUGUCCACGGCCUCUGUCAUCCAAGCUCGGUAUCAGGGUCUCGUGGAUGGGCGCAAGGGGGCCCACGCCCCCCAGGAGCUCCCCCAAGCCAAAGGCUCAGACGAUGAGCUCUUUCUUGGUGGCUCUAACCAGGAUAGUGUGCAAGGUCUGGGCCGGGCUAUCUGCCCAGCUGGUGGGGAGGCGGGCCUGGGGGGCUGCAGCAGCAGCACCAACGGGAGCAGCGGGGGCUGCGAGCAGGAGCUGGGCUUGGACCUGUCCAAGAAAAGCCCACCCUUGCCCCCUGCCACCCCAGGUCCCCACCUCACUCCCGAUGACCCAGCCCAGCUAAGCGACAGCCAACAUGGCUCACCCCCUGCGGCCUCUGCCCCUCCCGUUGCCAACAGUGCCUCUUAUUCUGAGCUGGGGGGCACCCCCGAUGAGCCCAUGGAUCUGGAGGGGGCCGAGGACAACCACCUGAGCCUGCUGGAGGCGCCUGCCGGGCAGUCUCGGAAGAGCCUCCGGCACUCAACUCGGAAGAAGGAGUGGGGCAAGAAGGAGCCUGUGGCUGGCUCCCCCUUUGAGCGGAGAGAAGUGGGGCCCAAGGGUCCCUGCCCAGGAGAGGAGGGCGAGGGGGUCGGGGACAGGGUUCCCAAUGGCAUCCUGGCUGGUGGGGCUGGCCCUAGUGGGCCCUAUGGGGAGCCCCCCUACCCCUGCAAGGAGGAGGAGGAGAACGGCAAGGAUGCAAGUGAAGACAGCGCGCAGAGCGGGAGUGAGGGGGGCAGCGGCCACACCAGCGCCCACUACAUGUACCGGCAGGAGGGCUACGAGACGGUGUCCUACGGGGAUAACUUGUACGUGUGCAUCCCCUGCGCCAAGGGCUUCCCCAGCUCCGAGCAGCUCAAUGCGCACGUGGAGACUCACACGGAGGAAGAGCUGUUCAUCAAGGAAGAGGGGGCCUACGAGACAGGCAGUGGGGGCGCCGAGGAGGAGGCCGAGGACCUUUCGGCACCCAGUGCGGCCUACGCGGCUGAGCCCCGGCCCUUCAAGUGUUCGGUCUGCGAGAAGACCUACAAGGACCCAGCCACACUGCGGCAGCACGAGAAGACGCACUGGCUGACACGGCCCUUCCCCUGCAACAUCUGUGGCAAGAUGUUCACGCAGCGCGGCACCAUGACGCGUCACAUGCGGAGCCACCUGGGCCUGAAGCCCUUCGCCUGCGAUGAGUGUGGCAUGCGCUUCACCCGUCAGUACCGCCUCACGGAGCACAUGCGUGUGCACUCGGGCGAGAAGCCUUACGAGUGCCAGCUGUGCGGGGGCAAGUUCACCCAGCAGCGCAACCUCAUCAGCCACCUGCGCAUGCACACUUCCCCCUCUUAGAAGCCAAAGACCCGCGGGCGCCCUCUGCCACCUUGCUCCCCGGGAACCCAUGGAAGGAGAAGCGAGGUGAUGCAGUAGCAGGGGCAAGACCCUGGGUCCAGUGGAGGCUCCGGGUGGCCCCUCUGGCCCCCACUGCCCACACCCAGAGCUUUAAUGGACAGUCCGUACCAAGCAGAGCCGAGAGGAGGGAAGCCAGGGGUCCCAGCCCGUCUACCUCCCCAUCCCCCCAGGACCCCAGCUCCCCGCGGGGGCCACCACAGGGCCUGUGGGCUGGGUCACGUGGGUCUCGCUGGGACCUGGUCCCUUUGUUGCAGGCGGCUUGGAGAAAGAGGGCAGUGGGACGCUGGCCACGGCCAGGGUGGUGUUGGGAGCGGGCCUCACCCCGCUAGCCGUGUCUGUGUGUGUGCACGUGUGCUUGUGUCUGUGCGGGCGCGUGCAGCCCUGGUUCUGCAGGGAACUGGUGCUGGGGGUGCACAUCUCUCCCUUCUUGAGCCAGGGUGGCACUGCUCACUGGCGCUGGGACAGUCAGGGUGACCCCACCGCCUACCUCUCUACAACUAAAGAGCCCUCUGGGCCUGUGUUGCUGUUAUUCCUACUGAUCUGUUCCUCUAUUUUUCUUUUUGAUUUUUGUUUUUUAAACCAAAACAAACAAUAGCUUAUUUUCUUCCCGCCCCCUCCGGGGCUGAGCCUGGGUCUGAAGACUGAAUGUAACAGGGGCUGCUGGCCCUCCUGCGCGUCCCCCCGGCUCUGGCGCUGCAGGGGUGUCGGCGCGCCACCUCUCCAGGCCCCAGAAGCCCUUCUUGCCCAAAGGCUUCCCUGGUCCCUGAGCCCUGCCUCGGCUGCCUCAGGAGAGAGUGCUUUUCCUGUAGUUUCCAAGGAAUAUUCUUUGUUUAGAGGUACUUGUUUUUUAUUAAGAGAAAAACCAGUGUAACGUUUAUGUGACUGUUUGAACUGGAAGAUCUGGGGUUCCGGGGGGUGGGGGGAGGCUGGACUCGAUGCCGGGGCCGUCGGUACUCUUGUUUUCAUUUGUGUGUAUGUGCGUGUGUGUGUGUGUGUGUGUGUGUGUGUGUGUGUGUGUGUGUCUGUGUGGUGUGUGCCGUACGCAUGGGCAGAUGUUUCGCUUUCCCUCCCUCCUCACUGAACAAGGUGAAGACUUCUGACCUUUUGCUACCUCUUGAAUUCAUGACAACGAUAUGUUGGUGACUGGCAGUGGAAGCCCUUGACACUCUUGUUUUCCUCCGCUUAGCACCCAGGAAGUCGUGUGCAGGAGCCAGCAGGGCGCCGAGUGGCCCAGUGCCUGCAGCUCACCUGUGGGUUUUCCCUUUGAGCUUUGGGCCACAUCCACCCCGAGGGGACCCUGGCACCCUGGGCACACGAGUCUGUUUGUGGUAUAGGUGAGGGGUGUCAGGUCCCAGCCUGGAGCCAGGCACUGGGUGCUGACAGGGGAACCAUGAGGAGGGUGGCAGGUCUUCGCAGCUCCCGGCCAGGGUGAGGCGGAAGUGAACCCUCAUCCUGCCACUCCUACCCUCCAUUCCUGCAAGAGUUUGAGCUUGAGAGAGCUGACCACAGGGCCCCCCAGGGAACAGGGAUGGCACUUCCCUGAGCAGUCCUGGCCCCCGGCCACCGUCUAGUGGCCCACCUCUCGCCCCUCAUCUUGGGCUUCCUCAGCCAGCCUCAGAUACUUCAUGGGCCCUGAAGUGGGCUCUCAAGGCCAGACCAAGAUUGCUGAUCUCAGUCCCACUGUCUUCAGCCAGCUGAAGCUGUGUGGCUGGGCUGGCAGCCUUUAUCAUCAUCUUGCUUCACCAUUUUUUUUUUUUUGUUUUCUCUCUUUUCAUCCUGUUUUAAGUUUAGACCAAAAAAAUACAGUCAUCCCCUACCCCCACCCUUGUAGGGACCCUCCAGCUAAAAACAGAGCCUGAGUUCAGGGACCCAAGUGGUGAGUGGCGUGUUUUGGGGGUGAGGGAGCUUGGGCAGAUGAGGCUCUUGGCUGAGCCCUCCCUGUGGCAAUCCCAGCCUGAGACAGCCCUUCUUCCCUCCUGGUGGGAAACAGAGGACGACCCUGAGUCUCAGGUGCCAGCAAGUCAGGCUAGGGAGCUGGGGGGACGAGGCCCGUGGACUCCACCCAUACUCAGUGAGGGGGCCCCUGCUGUCCUGACGCCACCCCACCCCAUCAGCACUUAAGCCACACGACACAAAGUCUGUACCGCACGGGAAAUGUGCAUGCGCCUGGCCGUGUGCGUGGCCUCCUGGGCUGUGGGCAGCCGCAUCUGUGAGGUGACUUGUAAAAGUAGGUGAUUCCUUUGCAGAACUUCAGGGACUGGGAGCAGAGGCCCCUCACUCAACGACGUUUGUGCGACAUAGUAUUGUACCCACCUUAGUAUUGUAUCGAGACUUUUCUGUAUUUUAAUGAGAAAGCAGAACACUAGUUUCCUAUUUAAGACUUUAAGGGUUUGUGGGGCGGGGCGGGAUUAACACAACAUUUGGCUUUGUUUUCUUUUUCCUUUGAUUUCCACGUCAGGUGUGUGCGACUGUGUGUGUGUGUGUGUGUGUGGAGAUGUUAAGAGCCUCACAAGGAAACUGGGUUAUUGGAGGCCAAGGCGGCUUACAGUUCUCUGCGUUCGUCACUUAAUUCCUGAAUGUUUCGGAGAAACAGGAAUCAGAAAAUAGCAGAUAUCAUGUAGGAAAGAGAGGAUAAACAAAGAAAAAAGAAAAAUAAGCUCAUACCCAAAUUCACAAAGCCUAUUUUUUAAACCAAAGCACAUUUUGAAUGAGUAUGGAACCUCCAUGGGCUCAGAAAAAAGAUACUAAUAUAUUUAUCUCAUUGUUUACAUAAGCUUUUACAGUUUCAGACCUCAGCAGCUGUAAGGCCAGUCCAGGGAACCCUCCCCUGCUGCUGGAAGCCCUUCUGAGUUGGCCCUGGAGUGGCUCAUGGGCAGAGAAGGGUAGCCCUGGGGCUGGGGAAGGGAUUGGAAGCCUCCCUGGAGUCACCUGAGCCCUCGUCCCCAUUCCCAGGGCCCCUCCAAGCCCAGCUGGCACCAAAGAGCUUGGGCCCGUGCUGACCAGCCCCCAAGGCCCUCUGGCCGGACCACGCUGGUCCUGACCAGCUAGCCUACAUGGGGAUGGCCAUCAGUUCUGGCCACAGGACCUGAGUCUGGGCUUGGGUCCCCCUGCUGCUCUGCCCGUGACCCUUGGGGAUGGGUUGAUGUGAGGGUCCCACUCAAGCCAAAAAGCCGGGACCUUUGCACAGCUCAGUCGACUCUUGUGGGUCCCCACUCCUGGGGACCCCCUAACCCCACCCCAGGCAGCGGAAGGGGCUGACUGGGUCUGGUCCUUACCAACAGACGGUGCAAACACUCUUAACAGUGUUGUUUUUGUAUCAAUAUGUUUGUGCAGUGAUGAAUGUAUUUAUUUCUCAGACUUGGGGUGAGUGAGCGGGUGGCAGGCCGGGUUCCGCCACUGCACACUCCCGCUGGACCGAGCCCCAGCAAGGGCUCCUCCAGGAUUGCAAAAAAAAGGAAGAGAAAAGAUGAACCUUUAAGCAAAUAAGAAUCUCAGAGACUCGCAGCAUAGCCAUACACCUCAGCCUGUGAAAUGAACAAUCCGGACCCUCACCGACUUUCCCCACCUCAGGCAGCCGUGUGUGUUUCCCGUUCAUCACCACUCGGGGGCACCGGGCCGCCCACCCACUCCCCCAAUCUGUCAGUAUUCACUGGACCUCAGGCCCUGUGCAGGAGUGCGAUCCGGGCUGGGCUGCUGGGCAGGCUGACCCCCUGCCCUCCUGCGGCCAUCCUGAGUUGGGGUGAGGCCUGGGCAGCCAGAGGGCAGGGCUCAGGGAGCAGGAGGCUGCAUCCGUCCACCCCCCAGGCGUGGGGGACAAAAGCCAAAGGUGCCAGGCCUUAGAGCAGACCAGGGCUCUCAGCCCUGGCAUGCCCCCUAAAGGGACCAAGGUCCUCCUAUUUCCCAGAACCCUGUUGGGGUAGAUGUUACUGAACCUGUGAAUCAGAUGCUAGGAGUGAGGGGCUGGGGAGGGACCUAACUGGAGCCUCAGUCUGACAUUCCACACCGGGGCGGGAGUGGGCAUGAGCCGUGGGAACUGAGGCUGCCCAGGACCCCCUUCCUAGGAUGCCCCGGCUUCAGUCACCCCACUUUAACUUUCUACCAGGACCCCCUCCCCCUACCUCACCUUGCUAUUUAUUGCUGUAAUUUAUUGACCUCAAAAAUGCUGCAUAACAGACCUCACUGGGGCAGGGAGGAUCCCCAGGGCUCCCACCCUCCACUUGGCGGGCCCUGUGGGGCCAGGUGCUGAGGGGAGCCUCUCUACCCCACCCAUCACUAGCUUCCCUCUGCGCUCCUCCACCCCGGCGGGGAGUGGGGGGCCAGGUUGGGCACUGGCUCAUUUCUCGCAAAUACCUCGAAGGGGAGGGGGGAGGGAUGGGGUUAUAGCUGUUUUGUUUAAUUGGAAGUGGAAGAGGGAUCAUGUUUUGUUUUAUGCCCUUCCCAGAAUGGGGGAGGGACACCAGGAUCGCACUCCUGUACUGGCCACCGCCGCUGUCACUCGUCACAUUGAGUUCAUGUCCCUUGAGAGUUUGUAUAAAUUCAGGUCGGAGGUGCAGCUACACAGCUGCCCAGUGUCAUAGAAAAGCAAUUCACCAACGACUGAUCUCUCCAUUCAGAAGUGUGCAGUCUUAAUGUACAGCGAUGAGAAACUGUUAUUUUAUGAUCUUUUCAUUAAAAGCUUGAUUGAAAA